ACACUUCUGACUUUGAAUAAUCAUUUUUUUCUCUCUCCUCCAAAUCUCCAACAAACUAGGAUAGACCAGUUCUUUCUUCAGAAAACAUCUCCUUUUUCUUAUACAAAUUACUACUUUAUUUACUACAGUAAUAACUAACCACCAAAUUAGAAAAUGAUGUCAUUCAAUAAACCUCAUUUUCUGAAAUUGUUGGUGAACAAGUUGCAGUUGAGAGGAGAGAGAGAGAAAAAGUUGUUGUUGAUUAGAGGAGUAAUGGGUAGUACAUUGGAUGAGAUGACUGUAGGAUCCAACGGUGUUGCUGGGGGUGUUAGGGACGUGUACGGUGAGGAUUUUGCCACGGAGGAUCAACAUAUCACUCCUUGGACUGUGUCUGUUGCUAGUGGGUAUUCAUUGCUGAGGGAUCCCCAUCACAACAAAGGACUUGCUUUUACAGAGAAAGAAAGAGAUGCUCACUACUUGCGUGGUUUGUUACCUCCUGCAUAUCUGUCCCAGGAUCUUCAGGAGAGGAAGUUUUUGGCGACUCUUCGUCAAUAUCAAGUUCCCUUGCAGAAAUACAUGGCCAUGAUGGAUCUUCAGGAGAGGAAUGAGAAACUCUUUUACAAGCUUCUUGUUGACCAUGUUGAAGAAUUGCUACCACUUGUGUACACUCCAACUGUUGGUGAGGCUUGCCAAAAGUACGGAAGUAUCUUUAGACGCCCCCAAGGUCUUUUCAUCAGUUUGAAGGAUAAGGGAAAGAUUCUUGAGAUUUUGAAGAACUGGCCUGAAAGGAAUAUUCAAGUUAUAGUGGUCACUGAUGGUGAGCGUAUCCUUGGACUAGGAGACCUUGGCUGUCAGGGAAUGGGUAUACCUGUUGGAAAACUGUCUUUGUACACGGCACUUGGUGGAGUUCGGCCUUCAGCAUGCUUGCCUAUAACCCUUGAUGUUGGCACAAACAACGAGAAGCUUUUGAAUGACGAGUUUUACAUUGGAUUGAAGCAAAAUAGGGCUACUGGGGAAGAAUACGCUGAAUUUGUACAGGAAUUUAUGUCCGCAGUUAAACAGAACUAUGGCGAGAAAAUCCUGGUACAGUUUGAAGAUUUUGCCAACCAUAAUGCAUUUGAAUUGCUGGAGAAAUACCGCACUACACACCUUGUCUUCAAUGAUGACAUACAGGGUACUGCCUCUGUGGUGCUUGCAGGACUCAUUGCUUCUUUGAGACUACUGGGAGGAAACUUGGCUGACCAUACCUUCCUAUUCCUGGGCGCUGGAGAAGCUGGAACAGGUAUUGCGGAACUUAUAGCUCAAGAGAUGUCAAAGAAGACAAAUUCUCCAGUUGAAGAAAUGAGGAAAAAGAUCUGGCUUGUGGACUCCAAGGGACUUGUUGUUGGUUCUAGGAAGGAGUCACUUCAGUCUUUCAAACUGCCAUGGGCACAUGAAUUUGAACCUGUUACAACUCUUCUAGAAGCAGUACAGGCAAUCAGGCCAACAGUGUUGAUAGGCACUUCUGGAAAAGGACAGACAUUCACUAAGGAGGUGGUUGAAGCCAUGUCAUCUAUCAACUCGAAACCUCUCAUUCUUGCUCUAUCAAAUCCUACUUCACAGUCAGAAUGUACUGCUGAGGAGGCGUACACAUGGAGCCAGGGUCAAGCAAUAUUUGCCAGUGGAAGUCCAUUUGAUCCUGUGGAACAUGAAGGGAAUACUUUUAUCCCCGGCCAGGCAAAUAAUGCUUACAUCUUCCCUGGUUUUGGUUUGGGUCUGAUAAUGUGUGGUGCAAUCCGUGUUCAUGAUGACAUGCUUUUGGCUGCCUCUGAGGCAUUGGCUUCGCAAGUUACAGAAGAACACUUGGCAAAAGGACUUAUCUACCCUCCAUACAAAGACAUCAGAAUGAUAUCUGCUCAUAUUGCUGCAAAAGUAGCAGAAAAGGCUUAUGAUCUCGGUUUGGCUAGUCGGCUUCCGAAACCCGAAGAUUUGGUUAAAUUUGCUGAGAGCUGCAUGUACAGCCCUUCUUACAGAAAUUACCGUUGAAGAAUUUACACGGGGAAUUAAUUUUUUCUGCAGUUUUGGACCUUAGAAUUCUCGAAGCAAACUUAUUAGUCUUGUUAUUUUUUUUGUAUACUUCAAAAUCUACCGUUUGGCUUAUGUUUAGCAUUCAAUAUAUAGCGUUAUGCUAUUGUUAUUGUUACAUCUAUAUUUGAUCUGCUAUGUAGUAUGUAGCUCUGAUAAAUUGCAGUUAGUAUAUUGAUUUGUAUUAAAUUCAAUGAGAUGAUUCUGGUCAAAACUGUUUAACUUGGUCA